CUGACUGUGAGCCUGACUGGUUUAGAGCUGAAGAAUUAAACAAUGGAAAGCCAAGAAUUUAUUGUACUGUAUACUCAUCAAAAGAUGAAGAAGUCGAAAGUGUGGCAAGAUGGACUUCUGAAGGUCACUCACAUGGGAAACAAAGCAAUUUUAUAUGGUGACAAAGGAGAAUGUUUGGACAGUAUAUUUCUUAAAUGCCCUGAGGUGAAACCUGGAGAUGACUUAGAAAGUGAUCGCUACCUAAUCACAGUUGAGGAGGUUAAAGUUGCUGGCGGCCGAACUAUGCAACAGAAUGUCAUCCAAGAAGCACCAGCAUUAAAUUCAAGACGGAUCAUGUCAUUGGGCCGGUCCCUUGGAUGUCAGCCUGCUGGCUUAAAAAGGAAGCUUACUGGUUUUCAAGGACCACGUCAAGUGCCCAAAAAAAUGGUUAUCACUGAGAACUGUGAAUCAGCUACAUCACCUGCGGCUAAGAAACCUGGCCAUGUUUUUCUUUCUCCAGUCUACACGACAUCACCUUUGUUUUCUACUGCUGGGAAGAAAGAGGUACAUACUACACCAACAGAUCUUGAUAACACCGUGACUCAUGACAGCACAGGGACAAAUACCAUGCCUUUUUCUUCGGUUGUCACUACUCCAUCCUUCAACUUUAACUCUGAAAUGCUCACUGAAGAAAAGUACUUUUGCUCUCCUGUCAGUUCUGGAGACCAGCAGUCAGGGUCUUCGCUGAUGAAGGAGGCCCUGAGAAGAGAUGUUUUGGGGCCCCACUGUUCAGGAGUUUCACAAAACAUCAGAAGCAAAGCCAAGAUACUAGCUCUUCUGAAGGCCUCAUCGACUAGUAUGCCUGGAGAACUACACUGUGAGACCACAGAACGUUUUCCUCAGCUACAACCACAAGAAAGUUUAAGAACGCCUACUACAGCAAGCUGUGUAAGUGAACAGGAAGAGUGCGUCGAGGGGGAGAACACAGCACGUUCACAUUGCCAGCGGCCAUCAGAAAACACCAGGAGAAAUAAAAGCCGGUGGAGCGUGUAUUUAUCACCACAGCAUUUACCUGUACAUUCUCCUACUGCAGAUGAAAAUGAUAUAAAAAGGAAACACACAAACCAGGAAGAUAGCAGAAAUUUAAAUUUCAAAGACCGUUUGAUACAGAAAAGGAUACAGCUCUUUGAAACCUGUGCCGAAAAGGGGAAACAGGAUAAUGAAGACACUCUGAUAGAUGAUCAUCAAUUUUGGGGUCAAGAAGUAAACUCACAAACGCCUUCGUUCUGUGAAACGAGUAGCUUACACGUUACUUAUAGCAAUGUAGAAAAUGAUGUUUUACUGCCAGAAUCUGGGGCUCACAGAAAUGAUGAGCUACCUGUAAAUCAGAAUGAUCCUAUAUGCAUGACAGACUCACGUCUCGUUAGAGAAAAUGUGCAGAAGAGAAAUAUACACACAACACCAGAAAAGGACUGUAAACAAGCAGUAGCAAAUCUGCCUGAAUCUGAGCAGCUGGUGAUUGAAUCUUCUCUAAGUAACAACUCUCAGGUCUCAGAUAGUGUCAGUGACAUGUUUCCAAAUACUGGUCAUCAGCGUGCUAACAGCAGUCAUGAGCCUACAGGUAGUGUAACACAACCACUUGUGGAGGUGUCUUUUAAUCUGACCAAUUUUGAAACCAGUGACACUGAGGAGGAAUCACAAGAAAGCAACAACAUUUCCCAGAAUUCAGAGGGCUGGGUAACAGGACCUUUGAUUCAUGGUGGUCAUUCAAGUGUCCAAAAGAGAUAUGAGGAAACCAGCUGUGAAGAAGGUGGCAGUGAAUACUCACCUCUCUCAUUGCCUACCAGGGGCAAGCUUAUGGAGACAUUUUCUUUUAAAGAGGUUCUGCCAUCACAGUUUUGUGAUAAAACUCGCGCAGGUUUUGACACAAGACCUUGUAAUGUGGUAGACACUGGAAAGGAAGCAGACAGUGACUCAUUAAACCAUUUUGAUUCAUCAUUAGAGUGGCCAGAUGAUGUUUAUGUAGAUAACAGUGAAGAUGCUGAUCAGCCUACCCAACAAGUCAGAAUUAACUCUGAUUUAGCUUCACUUCCAAAUAAACCUAAAAGUCUAAACACAAAUUUACAUACACUUGAUUUAAACAUGGCUACUGAUCAGACUCCUAAAAACAACGUCUCUUCAGAACAGACUCAACCUCAAGGAAACGAUAAGAACGAUCAACAGAUUUUACCAUCACCCUCUGUAAGUGACGGCAGUGUCCAGCUGUUAAACUCUAAUCAGAAUCAAUCUGAAGAAUGUAUUGCACUUGGUAAAUCGACCAGUGAAGUUUCAAAUUCUUUGUUUUGCCCUCUGGGAAAAAGACAUACUACUUCCAGAGACACAGAAGUAUAUAUUCCUGAAUCUGAAGAUUUAGGAAGGACUAGGAGUUUACUCCAUGGUCCUACUGAAGUAGAAACUAGAGAAAAACACAACUGGAACAGUCCUAGAAAUUCUUCAGAACUUUCUGAAUUGGUGAAUAACAUUUCCCUCUUAAAGUCACUGUCUGAACACAGUACAGCUUUGGAAGCCUUGGAAAUACUGGGAAAGCAGCAAGAAAGUAUGCAGGCUUAUGUGCCAGAGAGGAGUUCUGAAGCUAGGAAGCCGUUGACUACCGUAGCUUCACAAGCUAUAGCAAAGUCACCUCAUCUGAACCGAGAUGCUCAACAGAUGCUAGAAGAAAAUGAAGUUGAACCAAGAAGUCCUUUGCAGUUCUUUUCGUUGGCAAGUGAAGAAAAACCUGCUUUUCUACCUGUUACAUCUAAACAAAAGGAGACCAAAAUCUGUAACCCUAAGCCUGUUGAGUUCCAAGGACACCAAGUGAGAGGAUCAGCUAGCAGUGCAGUGAUGGUCAGAAGGCCCAGCUCCCAGCUGGCAAGCGGUCACUUCCCCGAGAGUGUUGCAUAUGGGAACUGUAUGACAAAAACUCAUUGUUUGACACCAAAGUUGCCCAGCACCUGUAUGCAGAUUGACUUGCAGUUCCCAGGUAAAGAAAGUUUUUCCAAAAGAGCUACUGACUUCAAUAUUGAAGAUAACUUUCAAGAAGUAGCUGAGUCUGAGAACAACUCAAUUGAGAAUGAUUUCAUGAAAAAAGCCAGUUUUCUGGAGAAUACGAACCUCCCAAGGCUCCCAUUCGUAAGUAGAGCCCAAGUUCCACUUACCACUUUGCCAUAUCCCUACCUGACGGCCUGUGGCAGGCUAGAGGCUUCUGGGUCCUCUGUGCCCAGUGCAUGGGAAAAGUCAGCACUUGUCUCCUUUGACUUUGGUCCUGGGCACCAGAGUGAAACUUCUUUCUCUAAAGAAUUCAGGGAUGUGACUCCAGGGGAGGUUUUGCUUCCCCGUAAUGUGCCUAUUCAAAGCAAGUGGCUGAAAUAUCAGAAGGUAACACAGCGCACUUGGGCCGCCCCAGGCAGCGCUAGCCCACGAGCAACAGACAGCUUCUUUGCUGAGGCCGUUCCUGAGAGGUGCAGUGGUGCAGGGGGAAGGUGGAGUGAUGCUGUGGGCAAGAGCACCUCAGAUGCAGUGCACUUGCAAAUGAUGAAAGACAUGCUGCAGCGGCAGGACUUUAGCACCCAAGAUUCAGUUUCCAGAAAGAAGGCGCAUUCUUUGAAUUUAAAGCCGAUUUCCAAGAGUGAGGAAAUUCAGAGUAUACUAGGAGAGUCUGUCUGCUACAGCCACGGUGUAACAGGAGAUUUUCAGAUCAGUGACUCUGAGCUGUGCUUCCCAAGUGGGCAGAAAAUAAAAUCUACUUAUCUUCCCCGAAGGCAAAUCCACAUACCAGCUGCUUUUCAGUCUCCUGCACAUUACAAGCAGAUUUUUACAUCUUGUCUCAUAGAACAUCUAAAUAUUUUGCUAUUUGGGUUGGCACAAAAGCUGCACAAAGCUCUUUCAAAAGUUGACAUAUCAUUUUACACGUCAUCAAAAGGAGAGAAACCGAAAAAUACAGAAAACAACGUGCCAUCCUGCCAUCAUCAGCAGCCUGCGAAACUUGUCAUGGUUAAAAAGGAAGGGCCGAAUAAGGGUCGUCUCUUUUAUGCCUGUGAUGGGCCCAAAGUUGACCAAUGCAAAUUUUUCAAGUGGUUUGAAGAAGUGACUCCAGAAAGUUUUACACAGGGAGAGUCUCUACCUACCAAGGUUUUAAGUGAUAUAAAGAGUAUUGGCUUGUACUUAAGAAGUCAGAAGAUACCCCUCUAUGAGGAAUGUCAACUUUCAGUGAGAAAAGGAUUUGAUUUUCAAAGGAAACAAUAUGGAAAAUUAAAGAAGUUUACUACUAUAAAUCCUGAAUUUUAUAAUGAACCUAAAAGCAGACUUUACCUUAAGCUGAGUCGGAAGGAAUGCUCUUCAACUUACAGCAAAGAUGAUCUCUGGGUGAUUUCCAAAACUCUAGACUUUGAAUUGGACACUUUUAUUGCAUGCAGUGCUUUCUUUGGGCCGUCAGCUAUCAGUGAGGUGGAGCUACUGCCUUUGAAAGGUUAUUUCCCUUCCAACUGGCCCACCAACACAGUGGUGCAUGCGUUACUGGUCUGUAACGCCAGCACAGAGCUGACCACUUUGAAGAACAUCCAGGACAACUUCAAUCCAGCUAUGCUGCCUCUAAUGCAGUAUCUGUUAACAAUGUCUUCAUCAACUACAGGUAGCAGCAAGAGAGUUAACAAGAGCAAAUUCAUCCCACCAGCCUGCACAUCUAGCAACACAAAAUGUGAACUCCUCAGCUUGGAAGCAACAGAGCAGUUGGCCAGUGAGUUCAUUCAGGCCCACAAGUUAAACGCGGAUCAAGCUGCAGCCCUAAUGCAGAUAGCUCAGAUGAUGGCGCCUCACACAGGGGCCGAGACCGUGCAGGAGCCGCCAAGCCCCAGCCUCCCCAUCACCAUCGUCCACGGUGUUUUUGGAGCAGGAAAGAGUUACUUGCUGGCAGUGGUGAUUUUGUUCUUCGUGCAGCUAUUUGAAAAGAGUGAAGCUCUUACAGCUAGAAAUACAAGACCAUGGAAACUUCUGAUUUCUUCCUCCACUAAUGUAGCUGUUGACAGAGUACUUCUUGGGCUUCUCAGUCUUGGCUUUGAAAAGUUUGUCCGAGUCGGAAGUAUCAGGAAGAUCGCCAAGCCAAUUUUACCUUACAGCCUGCAUGCUGGCUCAGAAAAUGAGAACGAACAAUUAAAAGAGCUACACGCAUUGAUGAAAGAAGACCUGACGCCCGCGGAGAGAAUCUGUGUGAGGAAGAGCAUCGAGCAGCACAAACUGGGCACCAACAGGGCCCUGCUGAAGCAGGUCCGAGUAGUCGGGGUGACCUGCGCAGCCUGCCCCUUUCCGUGCAUGAACGAGCUCACGUUUCCGGUCGUCGUGCUCGAUGAAUGCAGUCAGAUGACUGAACCCACCUCUCUCCUUCCCGUUGCCAGAUUUGGGUGUGAAAAGCUGAUCCUUGUUGGAGAUCCUAGGCAGCUCCCUCCUACUAUUCAAGGCUCUGAUGCAGCUCAUGAAAGUGGACUGGAACAGACUCUUUUUGAUCGACUUUGCUUGAUGGGUCACAAGCCAGUGCUGUUGAGAACCCAGUACCGGUGUCACCCCACGAUUAGUGCUGUUGCUAACGACCUGUUCUACGAAGGACGCCUGGUGGACGGGGUGUCGGAGGCGGAGCGGAGCCCCCUGCUGGGGUGGCUGCCCAGCCUGUGCUUCUAUAACGUCCUGGGGCUGGAGCAGAUUGAAAGAGAUAACAGCUUUCAUAAUGUGGCAGAAGCUGCGUUUACACUCAAGCUGAUUCAAUCACUGGUUGCCAGCGGAAUAGCGGGCGCGCUGAUUGGGGUGAUAACAUUAUACAAGUCCCAGAUGCACCGGCUGUGUCACCUACUCAGCGUCGGGGACUUUGACCAUCCUGAUAUUAAAGCCGUGCAGGUGUCCACAGUGGAUGCAUUUCAGGGAGCUGAAAAGGAGGUGAUUAUUCUGUCCUGUGUAAGGACUCAGCAGGUCGGAUUCAUUGAUUCAGAAAAAAGAAUGAAUGUUGCCUUGACCAGAGGAAGGAGGCACUUGCUGAUAGUGGGGAAUUUAGCCUGCCUGAGGAAAAACCGACUGUGGGGACGUGUGAUCCAACAUUGUGAAGGAAGGGAAGAUGGAUUACAACAUGCAAACCAGAUUGAGCCACAGCUGAACCAACUCCUUAAAGAUUAUUUUGACAAACAAGCAGAAGAAAAACAGAAGAAAAGGAGUGAAAAAGAUACAUCUAAGGACAAAGCUCAUUCACAAAAAGACAUGGUGUAG